CUCAGGCUUCCAAGAAAAUACUUCGAGAAAUUAUUCUUAUCGCCGGUCAUCGAACUUCCCACCUUUACCCUCACCUUAUAAAAGCUUGUCCACCAUGGCGCCCCUGGUCCCAUCGCAAGGGGAGCUGCAGCGCCGCCGUAUCAUCGGCAUCAACGCAGAGACUGUCACCAACAUCCCCUCCACCGACUUCCCUGGUCAUUGGCCCGGAGAAUCGCACGGCUGGGCGCUUGACCAAUUCAAGGAUAACUUCAAAGUCGAAUUCCACCGCAAUGACCCGUACGAAGCUUCGUUCUCGCUAAUUGGACUCGACGCCGCGGUCGCCAAUGCCUUCCGCCGUAUUCUCAUGGCCGAGAUUCCUACCCUGGCUAUCGAAUAUGUCUUUGUUCAAAACAAUACCUCGGUGAUCCAAGACGAGGUCCUCGCAUCUCGCCUAGGUCUGAUCCCUCUCAAAGGCUCCGUCGAGGGUAUCAACUGGAUGCACUGGUACCGCAAGCCCUCCGAGGAUGAUGACGGCCCCGCUCCUCCAGGCCCUAGCGAUUUCAACACCGUUGUCAUGCACCUUAUUGUCGAGUGCACGAAGAACCCCGCCGCUGCCGAUGACGAGACCGACCCGCGCAAGCUCUACCACAACGCUCAUGUCUAUGCCAAGGAUAUCACAUUCGCCCCAGUUGGUCGCCAGGAGGAGUUUUUCACUGGCGAGAAUGCCAUCCAGCCUGUCAACCCGGAUAUUCUGAUCGCCAAGCUACGCCCUGGUCAGAAGAUCGACCUGGAGAUGCACUGUAUCAAGGGCAUUGGUGCCGAUCACGCUAAAUUCUCCCCCGUUGCGACUGCGUCUUACCGUCUGAUGCCAGACAUCAAUAUUGAACGUCCCAUCAUUGGUGAUGAUGCUAAGAAGUUUGCCAAGUGCUUCCCCAAGGGCGUCAUUGCCCUGGAGCCCGUUACUGCUGAGGAGGCCCGCCGUAAGGGAAGCGGAUACGAGGGUCAUGCUGGUGAGCAGAAGGCUGUUGUCCGGGAUGCCUUCAACGAUACCGUCAGCCGAGAAUGCUUGCGCCACGAGGAGUUCCAGGGCAAGGUCAAGCUCGGUCGCAUUCGGGAUCACUUCAUCUUCAACGUGGAGAGCACUGGCCAGUUCGAGAGCGAUGUUCUCUUCCUGGAGGCCGUAAAGGUCUUGAAACUGAAGUGCGCCCGGUGGAAGCGCGGUCUGACCGAUUUGAUGGCAUAGGUCAUAUGGGUCAUUGGGUGCUAUUUCCUCAUAUAAUGCAUUUUCCUGGCGUUGGAAUUGUUUGUUUGAGCUCCGUUCGCGCUGUACAUUUUACGAAAAGUUCGGUCAAAAGUUAGGCUUUACGAGGCCGGAGUCCGGAUAUCACAGUUAUUGUUAGAUCACAGAAGGCUGGCAGCUGUCUUUGAAUUCUAAGGGUUAAGCCUUUGAAGCUUUGAAUCGUUUGAGUCAUGUCACCGUAGGCCCUGCUUGCACAGGGUAUUGAAUUAUGGGAUGUCUAUUUGAACACUAGCCUGUAGCGGAAGUCGAUGGUGUAGGCCGGGUCACUCACGGCAAUCUCUUCGCCAUCCUCCACUAGUUCACGCAACUUGAGGCGGAGGUUGGGCCUCGUGUGCUCUUCCAGCUGAGGUGGGAAUCGCUGGUACAAAGUCUUCUCCUCCGUCCGCAUGCUAGGUUUCUUCAGCUGCGCUUCGGCCCUCUCGCCAAGGCUCUCAAUGAAGGCUCCCAAAGUCAUGUCGGGGUCGACGUCCAUCUUCCGAGCAAGGUUGCCGCAUACCGGGCAAUCCGGCUUCUUCUCUGCCUCAAAGGUGUAUGUGUAAACACCCUCCUCGCCGGCAUACAUCAUAUAGUUCUCGAGGUAAGGGUUACAUCCAGUGGCGAUCUUCAACACCUCCGAGGUUGUAGACGCGGCAAUAAUGGCAUUAGUCGAUGCGAUAGCAGGAAUGAUGUUCUUCACGACACCUUGAGUCAUCUGAAAGGUCACUCCAUGGAUGCGGAACUGCUGUGCUCGCUCCAGAGCAGCAUGGUAAAUCCAUGAGAUAUGCUCCAUGUCAUCGCUGUCGAAAGUAUCGUCUUUGCGCUUAUCCUGCCACGCGAUCUGAUGAGCCCAUUCAAUGCAAUGCUGGGGUUGACGUGGAAUAGUGGCGAUAGUACAGAGCGGGACUGCCGGGCGAGGAGCGUGCAUGUCCAGCUGGCACUCGAUACAUGAUGAUAGUGUGGGUAGAAUAACACGAGCUUGACCUUUGAAUCCUGUUUGACCGUCAGUUUCGGUACUUCAAGUCUGUAACCUCAUGAAAUCAUCAGUACCUUCAGUUCCACCGUCGAUCAAAGGCUUGAGGCUCUCUGGGUCCUCCGGAUCCACCAUUCCGAUCAGCGUUGCGUUGAUCCAGCGACGAGCUUCAAUACUAUCCAGACCGCAGAUGAUAAUCUUGAACUGCAUAUAGUAGUCUUCGUCUUUAUCCUGGAUCUUGCCAACAAAAGGUGUGAUCUUGACACCUUUCACUCGCUUCUCUACAAAGGCAGCGGCAACCUCUGCCUUUGGCUUGCCAAUAUCAGCUUGGCGGAAGAGGAACUGCCGGUUCAGGUUGGAGAUGUCGAUGGUGU